AUGCCCUUCUUUACCACCCCCCGCAAACGUCGCAAGUUCGCCGAAACCGCAGUCAAUCCCGUCUACCCUCCUAACCCGCCACCCUAUGCCCUCAGUAACAGCACACCGAUCUAUUCAGAGCCUCAACCGCAGUGGACUCCGCAGCCUGGUCCAUACCUUCCUCCAACCCCACGGCCCUACAUGACCUCAACAGUGAGCUUACCGCCGAUGCCUCAUGUCCAGGCGGGCUACGCAGCGCAGCCAUUGCGGGCUCAACAUACAUGGGCAUGCCCUCAAUCGAGCACGGUCAAUCUUGUCCCUCCGAGACCGAUAAUGCCAUUGCGGGACAGAAUCGACGACAAACUGGGAGACGUUCUGUCUCUUAUCGACGAGGACGCAUUCUCAGGCUCAGAAAGAGAGCUGAUGAUAACAAUGGAAAAUCCGCCCGCUCCAGGAUACACAGAGACCCGCGAGCUCACCAGGGCAUUUGGAGCCCCGGAGAGGCAGCAGAUACGACAGAAGCAACAGGGCCAAGAGAAGCAGCUCAACGUCUUCACGAAACUCGAUCUGUACAUGAACUCGAGACUCCCUGCCUCCUUGCAACCGUUUCGCGUCUAUAUGCCGACGUGGCCGCUUCUCUGCCUCGCAGCACAGUAUUCCAAUUGCGCCUACAUCUCGCCUCAAUCCUCGGCAGAACGGAAAGACUUUGUCUCAGCCGACGGCCGGAUGGGCACCAAGGCGAUGGUGAUUAAGUCGGUCCCGUGCGACGAUAAGAAGACCAUCGUAUUUGCGAUUCGAGGCACGAGUAUGUUCAGCAUCCGUGACUGGGGCGUCAACCUGGACACCGAACCCGUCUCUCCCGCCGGCUUCCUCGAUGAUCAAGGCAACCUCUGCCAUUCGGGAUUCCUGCGCGUCGCAAAAGCAAUGGUAAGGCCCAUCGCGGCGCGGCUGCGGCAUCUGCUGGAAGAAAACCCGUCGCGAGCAAGCUGCUCGUUGCUCAUCACGGGCCAUUCGGCCGGGGGCGCCGUGGCGAGUCUGCUCUACGCGCACAUGCUCUCCACGACGGUGCAGUCCGACCUGAACAUCCUGACGGGAUGCUUUAAGAGAGUUCAUUGCGUCACGUUCGGCGCCCCACCCAUCAGCCUUCUCCCGCUCCAAAAACCCGAGACCGCGGAUGGAAGACUGCGCAAAUGCCUGUUCCACUCGUUCAUCAACGAGGGCGACCCCGUCGUACGCGCCGAGAGAGCCUACGUGAAGAGUCUGGUAGACCUGCUCUCUCAACCCGUCCCGUCCUCUGUGGCGACCGUGCAGAAACCCCCAAAGUCAAACCCAAACCCAUCCCUCUCGGCGCUCGCUUCACUGGGCGCAUCGAUGUCCCGGCUGGACCUCUCUCUCACGCCCGCCAUGAAGAUACCCAAACCCCCGAGACCGAAACGUGCAGUCAUCCCGCUGGGGAGACUAUGGUGGGACGUCCCGCCCGCGACAUUGUCCAACGCGGGCCGUCUGGUCGUGUUGCGUGUCCCUCCGCGUGAACUGGGCGCAAAAGAGUCUGACGUCACGGCCUCGUUGGUCAAGGACGAGCAACUCCGCCAGGUCAUCUUUGGGGACCCUCUGGUUCAUUCCAUGGAUCUUUACGCCAAGAGGAUCGAGGUCCUAGCGUUUCGCGCUGUCACUGGGCGGGAUGGUGCUGUUUGA